CUUCCGUUUUUGUGAGCUCGCGCCAGUAGUGCAGGCGCCUCUCCCGCCGCAACCUGGCUUCCAGCAACACGACAUGAAGAUCGCCGUGCUGCUUUUGCCGCUGCUGGUACAUGCGUGCGCGUGUGCGAGGAUCCUGGGCAUCAACCCCACGCCGUCCAUCAGCCAUCAGCUGCCCUUCCUCAUCAUCAUGCGAGCUCUCGCUGAACGUGGUCACCACGUCACCAUCAUCACCACUGACCCUAUGAAGGAUCCACCGCCAAACACUACCCAAGUCGAUGUAUCCUUCAUGUACGAAAAGUGGAAAAGAGAUGUCGAUUUCUUCCAGUUGUCUCAACUUCCGAAGUUCGAUGCCGCGAACUUCAUGGGAGGGGUUGCUGUAUCUGACUGUGAAGCUCAGUUCCAAUUUCCGGCUGUGAAGGAAGUAGUCCAGUACGGUCAGAAAUUCGACGUGGUAAUCAUGGAGCUGUUCCUACACUUCUGCUACCUCGGCAUGGUGCAGAAGCUGGGCGCUCCUCCCGUGGUUGGCUUCUGGUCGGCGGAGCUGUACCCGCACCUGCACCGCAUCGUGGGCAACCCCGUGAACCCGGCCUACUUCCCCGAGUUCCAGUCCACCUACACGGACCACAUGACUUUCUGGGAGAGAGCUCACAACGCUUACGACACCCUUCAGUCCUUCCGGAUGCCCGGAGACUUUGGGCCAAGGCAGGAUGAGACAAUGAGAAAACAUUUCGGCAGCGAACUCCACAGCAUUCAUGAGCUGCAGUACAACAUCAGCCUGCUGCUCGCCAACAACCACUACUGCACCGGCUAUCCAAAGCCGCUGCAGCCCAACGUAAUACAAAUGACAGGACUUCAUAUCACAGGAAAGAGUAACCCACUGCCACAGGACAUACAGCGCUUUCUUGACGGAGCGAAGCAGGGCGCCAUCUACUUCAGCCUUGGCUCAAACGUGAAGAGCAGCAGCCUCCCCGGCGACACACUGCGAGCUCUGCUGGAAGCUUUCUCACAGCUGCCACAGAGGGUGCUCUGGAAGUUUGAGGACGACUCCCUACCGGGAAAGCCCGCCAACGUCAUGGUCGCCAAGUGGCUCCCUCAGCAGGAUGUGUUGGCUCACCCAAACGUGCGACUAUUCAUCACCCAGGGCGGACUUCAAAGUUUCAAUGAGGCAGCAUACUAUGGAGUGCCUCUCAUUGGAAUACCGUUUUUUGGGGAUCAAGGAUACAACGUGGCAAAGAUGGUCAGUGCGGGAAUAGGGAUGAAACUGGAUUUCAAGAGUAUUACAAAAGAGAAGAUGCUACAAACCAUUCAGACAGUGCUAGGGGAUAAGAGCUACCAGGAGAACAUGAAGCGCUACUCUGCCAUCUACCGAGAACACCAGGGCACGUCCCUAGAAAACGCAGUGUGGUGGGUGGAGUACGUGAUCCGCCACCAGGGGGCUCCACACCGCAGCGCAGCCCUCGAUCUGCCCUGGUGGCAGCUGCUGCUGCUCGACGUCAUAGCCUUCAUACUGGCUGUGGGGGCCACGGUGGCGUUUGUCCUCUACAAGCUGAUGCGCCGCUUGGUGUCGGCCGUAUCUCGACCGAGCAAGAUUAAGAAACAGUGAAACACUGUUUGCAGGAGCUUGUGUGCACGUGGCCACCAACCAUACGUUGCAGCUAUGGACUCCUGAGGUACUAUGAACUUAGCUUAAACCUGGGUAUUGUGAAGAAGUCCCUGUUGCACAUAAGUAACAUUUGGAGUGGUUACAGUAUGGAACAUACCUUCGUAAGAAGAUGAACAGAUACAUCAUCAGUUGCAUACAUUUGGUUGGUGAGAUGGUGCUUUUACUACGCAUCCCGCCCCAUUAGUGCUAGUACUACUCAGGUAACAGUGCUCGAAAACUGAUGUUCCUGAAGAAAUUCUCUAGUAUUCAUUCUGAGCUGCUGCUACGCAGUGUUAUAAAAUUCUCGUCGCCCAUUCGAAUUCCAAUUUGAGAAACGAGGCCAGCAGAACCUGCCAGCAGUCAGCUCACACUCAUCUGCAGUGUGAUGAAUUAUUACCAGUAUUCUGGCAUUUCUAUACUUAAAAACACUGUGCAAGAUUUAUGUAUCUUCUGCAACUUUUCACACAACAGUAUGAACACGAUGGUUCUGCGAGCUAUUAUGUGUGUGUGUGUGUGUGUGUGUGUGUGUGUGUGUGUGUGUGUGUGUGUGUGUGUGUGGUGUGCAUGUGUGUAAAUCUAUGACGCUCAACAGCGAUGUUAUUAGUGGCCUUGCCAAUAUAUUCCGCGGGGAAUAUAAUUAAAACAUUUAAAAUAAAAGUGAAUUAUGCAUAAA